AUGUGGGCGACAGGCGCAAUUGUAUGCUCACCUGUUUUUCGAAUUUUUUCCACAUGCUGCCCGAUUCGCCGAACUCCCGCUGCACAACAACACCGAGUAAGUCAACGAAAUUGCAAGCAACGUUCCCAGCACCCCGGGUGGCGCAGUGGCAGCGUUUUUGCCUGCAGCGCGCAAGGUCACCGGUUCAAUCCCACCCCAGCGCUUCUCUUUUUUACUUUUUUUUGGAUUUGCACAAAAAAGGGGAGAACAAAAGCUAUUAUAUCCACGGAACAACAAAAAAAUCGUGUUUUUGUUUUCUUCCGCAAACCAUAGAUAUUCAUAAGCCCGAAAAAAGGGAAAAGCUGCUAAUAAAAUAUUUACAAAAAAAACCUCUCAUCAAAAACCAUAAAAAUGCUGUGGCUCGUAAAAAAUGUGCACUUUUUGGAGAGAGAAAUUGAAAAUUCGCGUGACGAUUUUGAACCCAAAUAAUUCCAGGUUGGUCCCCCCCUUGAAAAAUACAUACUUAUGACGUGUUUUUGAGCUGGCAAAUAUGGGGGGGGGCUGAAAAUUUUCAGAUUUUUCCUGUGUGAGUGUGUGUGAAAAAGCUUCGGGGGGGGAUUAUCGGAUUAUUAAUCCUUGGAUGAAAAAAAAUCGAGAAAAAAAGAUUAUCAUAAGAUUUUUCAGGGGGGGGAAAUGAAUUAUUUAGUCAUAUCUGAACUUUGGACCAUAGAAAUUCAAAAAAAAAAUUUUUUUUGGGUAAAAUGAGUUUUGAAAGUAAAGAAUAUCAAGUUUCAUUUAAAAAAUUUAAAAAAAUUUUGCCACGUGGCAAAAUUUUUUGAGCCAAAAUUGAAUUAAGAAAACACAUGGCAACCAGGGAAAUUCGGGAAAAAAGUUUGUAAAUUUUUUUGCCACGUGGCAAAUCUCUAGCCGUCUGGGCUCUCUCAAGUUUCUAUGCUCUCUAACUUUUCGGAUAACUAAAAAUGAGCACCAGAAAAAUGUUGCCACGUGGAAAAAAUUACACGUGGAAAAUCUCUAGCCGUCUGCACUCUCUCCAAAUUCUGUGAUCUCUAAAUUUUCUGAAAUUACACGUGGCAAAUCUCUAGCCGUCUGCACUCUCUCCAAACUCUGUGGUCUCUAAAUUUUCUGAAAUCACACGUGGCAAAUCUCUAGCCGUCUGCCCUCUCUCCAAAUUCUGUGGUCUCUAAAUUUUCUGAAAUCACACGUGGCAAAUCUCUAGCCGUCUGCACUCUCUCCAAACUCUGUGGUCUCUAAAUUUUCUGAAAUCACACGUGGCGGAAUCUCUAGCUAUCUGCCCUCUCUCUCCAAAACAUACAGUCUCUCUCUAAUUCCACCUGUCUGCGGUCUCUCAAAAUUCCAUACUCUCUACUUUUUUAUUUAUAAAUUUUCCAUCUUGAGCACGAAAAAAAGUUCACAAAUGUGUCUAAAAAACAUCGAGUCUGCUCUCAAUUAUUCAUAAAAAACACUCAUUUUUUUGCCUGCCUUCAAAAGCAAAUUUUUCCAUUUUUUUUGCUGCUGAAUAUCAUUUAAUUGCUUUUUUAUGGGAAAAAGAAGAAACUUAUGAAAAAUUUGAAAAUUUGAAUUUCGCGCCAAAAAAUCCACGUGGAAUUUGAAAAAAAAAUCGAUUUUUUUUCGGGAUUCAGCACAGAAUUUGGAUCAUUUUGACACCAAAUAUGAUGGGUUACUGUAGGAAAAUCUACAGUACCCUCUAUCAUAUUUGGUUUCAAAAUGAUAAUUCUUACAGUACACCCGACAAAAAACAGUGGAUUUAUCCGGAAAUCCCAGCUUCACCUCAAAGACUGUGCAAAUUCAACCGAAUGCGGAUUUCUAUGCGCCAGCGGCUUCCGCGCAGCAAAGCGGCGGAAACGCCGCCGCGGAAAAACAAAAAUAUUAUGGAGACAUUCAUUUUCGUGUCGAGUAUGAUUUUGAGCAGUCAAAGGUAAGCGCGGGGGUACUGUAUUUGUAGAUCAAUAAAAAAAACUACAGUAAUUCGAUUCAGGAAUUUAAAGGGACAGCCAAUAUUUCUAUAUUUUUAAACCUACAGUAAUGUAUUUCAAAGGGACAUUUUCAGAAUUUAAAGGAACAUGCAUGUUCCCAACCUAAAAUUUGCUGAAAAUCACGAUUUUCAGCAUGAAAAUCACCCAUUUUCAGCCAAUUUUUGCAGCUUUCCGUCACAAUUCUAUCCGCCUCAAAUCUUCCAGCAAUGGAUCGAAACGGAAUGUCCGAUCCCUAUGUCAAAGUUUUCGUUCUGCCAGAACGAAAACAGAAAUUCGAGACGAAAAUCAUCAGGAAUACGUUGAAUCCCACCUAUAAUGAGACUUUUCAGUUCAAGGUGAGCAUUUUGAGACCCAAUUUGAUAUGGGUUACUGUAGAAAAUCCACGUUGAAUCUGGAAAAUUAUUGAUUUUUUUGAAAUUUGGAACAUUUUGACACCAAAUAUGAUGGGGGUAGGGCAAAAAAAACCACGUGGCACGAAAUUUUGAAAAAAUUCGAAUUACACGUGGAUUUUCUACAGUAACCCAUAUCACAUUUGAUCUCAAAAUGUUCCAAAUUUCGAAAAAAAACAAUAAUUUUUGAAUUCCACGUGGAUUUUCUACAGUAACCCUAUCGAAUUUAAUCUCAAAAUAACCGAAACUUCAAAAAAAAAUCAAUAUUUUUCGAAUUCCACGUGGAUUUUCUACAGUAACCAUAUCAUAUUUGAUCUCAAAAUAACCGAAAUUUCAAGAAAAAAUCAAUAAUUCUCAAAUUCCACGUGGAUUUUCUACAGUAACCCAUUCGAAUUUGAUCCCAAAAUGAUCCAAAUUUCACGGAGAAUCCAAAAAAUCAAUAAUUCUCAAAUUCAACGUGGAUUUUCUACAGUAACCCUAUCGAAUUUGAUCUCAAAACGUUCAAAAUUUCAAAAAAAUCAAUAAUUUCGGAAUUCCACGUGGAUUUUCUACAGUAACCCCUAUCAUAUUUGAUCUCAAAAUGUUCCAAAUUUCAUAAAAAUCAAUAAUUUUUAAAUUCCACGUGGAUUAUCUACAGUAACCCCAAUCAUAUUCGGUCUCAAAAAAGAUCCGAAUUUCGAAAAAAUCAAUAAUUUUCCGAUUCCACGUGGAUUUUCUACAGUAACCCCUAUCAUAUUUGAUCUCAAAAUAACCGAACUUUCAUAAAAAUCAAUAAUUUCCAAAUUCCACGUGGUUUUUCUACAGUAACCCCUAUCGUAUUUGAUCUCAAAAUGUUCCAAAUUUCAAGCAGAAUCUGAAAAUCCGCCCAAAAAUCAAUAAUUUUCCAGAUUCCCUUCAAUGAAUUGCAAUCAAAAACUCUAAUGUUAGUGGUGUAUGAUUAUGAUCGAUUAUCAAAAGACGAUAAAAUGGGACAAUUGAGUGUUCCGCUGGAAUCUGUGGAUUUCGGAAUCACAACCGAUAUUCAGCGAGCGCUGGAAAAACCUGAGAAAGAUGACGAGGUACGGUAGUUUGGCGCGAAAUUCUGUGAUCUACGAGAAAUUUGCGAUUUUUUGAGUGUAAACAUGGGGGGAUUUUGAAAAAAAAUAUUUUUUUGGCUGGAAAAAAUUUUCAGCUAAUCUCAAAUGACCUUUUUGAGCAACAAAAAAGACAUAAUCUGUUUUUUCCGCCGCAUUUUUCUCAGCUGGACAAAAAAAUCUGGAAAAAAAACCUACAGUAACCCUAGGUCUCAAAAAAUUCCUUUUCGCGCCAAAACCUACAGUACUUCCCCGGUUUUCAGAAAGAAUGUCGUUUGGGUGAUUUGUGUUUUUCGACAAGAUAUCGUCCGGCUACGGGUACAGUAACCCUAACGAUUAUGGAGGCGCGAAAUUUGAAAAAAAUGGAUGUUGGUGGAAGUUCGGGUAUGUUCAUUUGAGUACGGUAGCUUCUACAGUAGUUGUUUUUUGAAAAUUACUGUAGUUUUGAAACUUAUAGACCUACAGUAGUACUUCAGAAAAAUUGGAGAAUGAUGUUCCUUUAAAAAAUAGACCUACAGUAUUUAAAGUAGUACUGUACUUUAGAAAGCUUACUGUAUUUUUGAUAAUGCUAUGUCCCUUUAAAAAUAAACCUACAGUACUCUUUUUUUUUAAUAAUGUACACUUUUUAGAACGUGUCCCUUUGAAAACUCUACAGUACUCCUUGAGGAAAUUAGAUUUUUCCUCAAAAAAAAAUCCAAUUUCCUCGGAGCGUAAAAAAAUGAGCAAAACAAAGGCUCUGUACCCAAAAAACGUGGAAUUUUCCAAAUUUUCAGUCAAAAAACGCUGAAAUUUUCCAAAUUUUCACUCAAAAAACGCUGAAAUUUUCGAAUUUUCACUCAAAAAACGCUGAAAUUUUCCAAAUUUCAGUCAAAACUGUCUGAAAAUUCGCAAAUUUUGCAGAUCCCUACGUCAAAAUCUACCUGCAUCACGGUCGAAAAUUGUUGAGCAAAAAGAAGACUUCGCGCAAGUACAAAACACUCAACCCGUAUUAUAAUGAGAGUUUUCAGUUCAAAAUCGAGCCGCAUAUGAUUGAUGUGGGUUUUUUUUGGUUGCGGCACGGUUUUGUGGGCGUGGCUUAAUUUCACAAUUCUUAGAAGCACUAAGCCACGCCCCUAAAACCAUGUUUGGUGUCAAACAAUGCGCAUUUUCGCGACGAGACCCAUCAACUACAGUAAUCCCUACAAAAACUACAGUACCCCUUUUGCAGAAAGUUCAUAUAAUAGUGUCAGUGUGGGACUACGAUAAGAUGAGCAAGAACGAUUUUAUUGGCGAAGUCACAUUGGGUUCGAAAUAUUUGAACUUGCCGCAGGUACAGUACCUUAAAGGGACAUACAGUAAUCUAAUAUGUUUUUUUUGCAGAUAACCCAUGCUUGCUCUGAGCAAUGGGCUGAAAUGUUGGUCUCACGACGGCCUGUCGUACAAUGGCACACUUUACAAGAGCGAAUGGAGAAGGAGAAGAAAAAAGAGGAAGAUUAA